UCCCAUAAUGCACUUGGGCUCAGGCGAGCGUCUCACCUUUGGAUAAAACAAGCCGCUGACGCUUUACCUGUACGUUUCUCGGGUGUUGCAACAGCAGCGAUGGGGUUUCGUUUUGCGGACUGAUUCGGUUUUGAACACACAUUUACAUCAAUUUACGGAGGAAACGCGUUUGGGCCGCGAUGUUUGCCAUGUGGGAGUAGACCGUCCCAGGAGGUGCCAUGCUAGCCACACAGACGCCAGACACGCCACCCGAGGCUAAAGAUGUCAAACAGAUCAAAGAGCAGUUUGCACAGUCGCUCAAGGCCCUGCAGAAGCGAUACGUAACGUCCGAUGCAGUGGUCACCAGCGAGGACAGUGAUGCUAACCUGCUCUGCUGCGCCCUGGAGGCCGUCUUCAUCCAUGGUAUUAAGAGCAAGUACAUACGGUCGGAGGCUAGGAACCGAUCUAGGAAGGGUGAUCGGGGACCCCUGCCUCAGCCUUUCUUCUGGAGCCUCCUCAAGACCGUCACCCAUCGUGACGUGAUCACAGAGCUAGAGAAGAUCAGCUUCGUGGGCACGGACGUAGGCCGCUGCAGAGCGUGGCUGCGGCUGGCUCUCAACCAUGGCCUGCUGGAGUGCUACCUUGCAUCGCUUUUUCGAGAGGGCUCCAAACUGCAGGCUCACUACCAGCCCAGUGCCUUGCUCCUGAAUGCUGAGGAACGAGAAGUUCUGCUCACCUACCUCCAGGGUCUGGCCUCUCUUACUUUCAAUCUUUCGUACAAGUCAUCUGUCCUCAACGAAUGGACCACCACACCAUUGGCUCUGGCUGGACUCUGCCCCCUCUCCCAGCUGGACCCAGUGGAUCUGCCUUUGAAUGGUGGCGACCGUCCCAGUCCACCGUGCAAGGACUCGUGGGACACAGCGUCACAGUCGUCAGGCUCCUCAGAUAUACUCGACACGCAGAGAGGGUGCCCAGAGAUGUUGCUGGGGAGGAGCACAUGUGCUUUACAAGGGAGCAGGACUGCACUCAACUCGUCAAAUUUAAGCCUGGACACCACAGGCUCCUCACAACUCUCCUCCAGCUUGAGCUCUGAUAGCCUCCUGCAUGGACAGGACCUUCGCAGCCCAACAGGAGAGCAGUGGUCCUCAGGUGACCUUGACGUGCCAAUUAACAUCAGCACCAAGAGGCUACAGAAAGAUUCGCUGACGGAGUUUCGAGAAAGCGCCAACUGCAGUCAGGACUCCAUGCGCGAAGACUCCUUUGUGUCCAGCACCGGGCCUGACCAGUACUCCGAGACGGCUAUUUUCAGUGACAGUGAGACCCAGGAUCAUGCUACUGCGUCUCAAGACUUUGAGGACCAGCUGACAAGCUCACCACCGUCAGAUUCAGAGGCACCACCAUCAUCACUUGAACUGCCUUUGUCUGACGAGCACCAGAUGAUGGAAGGCAACAAGGUUCUGUCUAAUCAACUACACUCAGAUGCAGACUUGCUCCCCACAGAACGUGAACCUGUGCCGGAGGUGCACAUUCUUGGUGUUCAGCAUGAUAGUAAAAAGAAAGAAGAGGUUUCAGAGAAGAACACAUCAGAUCCAUCUCUUCUUCAACCACAUCGCUCCACAAGCAUUGCGAGCAGGGCAGAUUCUCUCUCCCAUUCCCAUUCUUGGAUCUCUGACGAUGACAUCUACAAACCUCAUCUAGAGGAGGUGUCGGAUAUCAGUGAGGUGACGCCUGCUCAGACUCCAGAGGCCCAAGGCCCCCAGUCGCCUCCCAGCGUCGUCCAUCGCAGACAAAUAGGCCUGUCCAACCCUUUCCGUGGUUUGCUGAAACUUGGUCACCUGGAGCGACGCAAUGCGAUGGGAAUGUGGCGCGACUACUACUGCGAGCUGUCGCCCUUCGAGUUCCGACUUUAUCAAAACGCGGAGGAGCGGAUAUGCUGCGACAACUGCUCCCUGGUGCGAUGUGAGGACGCCCGCAUCCCCUCGUCGGAGGGUCGCUUCGAGCUCGCCUUCGCUGGGAAGCGGCUGUACCUCCGAGCGGCCAAUCAUGACGAAGCUGAGGACUGGGUGGACCGGAUAAUAGAAGCCGUCAACAAGUGCCGCCCAGUUCCUCGUGUCGAUGAGCACUGGGAGGUCUUGCAACCUUGCAGUGAUAACGGCGUGGAUGAACGUGCAUCACCUUCCUCUGCUCCCUCCAGCCCAGAGCGAGGCUUAUCUAAUGACACGGGGUUCUGUGGAGGGCAAGAGGCCCCUCCCCUGCAAGAAUUGGACUGGACUAGAACAGCUGAAUUAGAAACAGAUGCCAUCAAAGAAUCAGUUUUGUAUUUGUCCACCGAUUCUGAGGCUCGUACGUGGGUACCUUUGGUCUUCUCCCUCUCCCUGGAGGCUUUGAAGGGCUUCCGGGUGCAGGAGGGGAGAAAGAUGCUGCGGCAAACCCACCUCAUUGAGGAAAUCAGGGAUGUGGUUCCUGAGGUCUCUUUGGGAGGACCAGCUUUCUUCAAACUCCUGACAGUCAAAGAAACUAUUCGCCUUAGGGCGGAGAAUUCUGAAGAGGCUCAAUCGUGGAGGAGCUUGAUCCGUGGUGCUCUAGAAUCGUACCUGGAGAGUGGCGACGAUUGCGUGGCCCAGGAGGAGCCAGCCACGGUGCGCCUAGGCGUGACCGGGAAUCUCCACAGACUGGUGCAGUACAGCCUGAAGGAAGAUGGAGCGCUCCUCUCUCACCUGUGCACGGUGCCCUCAGAGAAGGGGCUGGACACUCAGAGCUUCAAAUGUGCAGGGUGUCCUCAGCCGAUCGGGCCGUCACUGGGCAGAGCCAAGUUAUGCGAGUUCUCGGGCCAGUACUACUGCGAGUCCUGCCACAGCGGCGACACCAGCAUCAUCCCAUCACGGAUGGUGCACAACUGGGAUGUCGCACAACGAGAGGUGUCUAAGAAGGCCCUUCAGCUGCUGGCUCAGGUGGAGCACGAGCCUCUUCUGAAUCUGGACCAGCUAAACCCAGACCUAGUGAGGCACGCCGAGUCCAUGGCUCAGUCCCACAACCUGCGGCAGCGGCUGCGCCUGCUGGGUGACUACCUGCUAAUCUGUCGCAGUGGAGCCUACAAGAAGCUGCAGGCCAGGAUGCAGAAGAGGUCCUACCUGUUGGAGUCCAGCCAUCUGUACAGUGUCCUGGACCUGCGACAGAUAGCAGAGGGCCAGUACACCACCUACCUGCUGACACUGUUGAACUACGCCUCCAACCAUGUGUUCCAGUGUGACCUGUGCAUGCAGCGUGGCUUCAUUUGCCAGAUAUGCCAUUCCAACGACAUCAUCUUCCCCUUCCAGUUUGACACCACUACCAGAUGUAAAGACUGUAAAUCUGUGUUUCAUCGGACUUGCAAAGCGACUGGGACCCCGUGUCCUCGCUGCCAGCGAAUGAGGAAAUACCAGGAAAGGGACCUGCUGGACUGACGCAGCCUGUUUCAGGAAGCUAAAAGCCUGAAAAAGGACAAAGAAUGACAGGACACAUUUAGCUUUUACAUAAAGUAACCUCAAGUGCAAUUACGAGUGCAAUCAGCUUACUCUGACCCUAAAACCGAGGUGUGAAGUGUACGAGCCACAGUAGCUAAACUUCAGCUCCGACGCUUUGAUGCUGACAUUGCAGCCAAAUGUUACUGACCAGUAACUUUAAUACCUCUGAGUUCAAAUUCAGCCACGGCAUCAAAAGGAGGACAGGACAGCGGUGAAGGUCGCUGCCAAGAAUCAUAUGCAACAUGUCUCCAUUUGCUGUUUUUUUUACGUUGUUUGUCGUACGGCAUGUUCGUGACCACCGUGUUUACCUGAAACGCUCUGCGCUGCCUUGUUUCUCCUUUGAUGCACACAGAAAGUCACAGUCAGGCACAAAUGUUCAAAUGGAAACAUUGGUAUUGUGCCUUCUUGUUUUAAUUGAAGCUUUACACUAUUUUCCUCUAGUCACUAACGAAGAGCCAAAAAAGCAUCACAGCCUGUGUCUCAAUGCCAUAACCUGAAGUCACUGCACAUCACGGCAUUAAAGAUCGAUUUUGGGAUAAAUGUAAUAAUCGGUGGAAUGUUUCUCUUAUGCAUCACAUUUAUUUAAAACUUAAAGAUGUUAAUGUUUGGGAUUUAGCAGCUUGAGGUGCUGCUCGUGUGGUGAAACACACGGCGAUGACACAAGUUACUGAAGUGAAAUAACUGGAAUUUUAAAGCGAUUGUGAAGUGAAAACCUAUUUAGCAUUUUUGCACUUUGUGACUGUUAACAUGGAUAUUUCAGAUACACGUUAGCUGUGAUAUUCGCCAGCGCAUAAAACAACAGUUUACUGAUUGUAAAUCCUGAUCUUUGAAUGAUGAAGAGUUUAAUUAAUUCAAUUAUCACCGCAUAGAAAUUUGCCACGGACAAAAGUUAGUAAGUUUACGUAUCAAUUCAGAUUUGAUACAUGCGUAACAUAUCACUUGCUAAUAGCAAGGACAAAAUACUGCAGUACUGUUAUUAUUUUCUAUUUUUUAUUCUCAUCACAUCAUGUACAGUAUAAAUGACAACUAGAAAAUAAAUGUGUGAUUCAAGCA